GGUAAUUUAAUAGAUAAAGAUCUGCAGGGUCAGGGGUAUUCUUGAAAGGGAGAUUCACUCAAACAUUCUGAAAGGGUAGGGCCCCAAAGUAAUGAUGACAAGAGAGUCUGCUGCUGUAUUUAUCCAGGCCUGGUGGCGGGGCACACUGCUGAGACGGAUGCUGCUGCACGCAGCCCUCAGAGCUUGGAUCAUUCAGUGCUGGUGGAGGCAGAUACGAGCCAGGCAGCUAGAGAAAAGGCGGUGGACGGCGCUGGAGUUCUAUGCACGAAGAGAAUGGGCAGCUGUCAAGCUGCAGUCCUGGGUCCGAAUGUUGCGCAUCCGCCAGCCAUACUGUCGUUUGUUGAAUGCUGUCCGCAUCAUUCAGGUCUAUUGGCGUUGGCACAAUUGCCAUUCACGUGGCUUUAUUCAGGGCGAGUAUGAACUCAAAGAAAACCAACUGAAUAUUCAACUUGAAAUCUCUCUUGGCUCACAGGCUUGUAAGGUGCACCAAUGCAUACCCCUUCCAUUAAAAGAGUGA